GGUUUUUGAUUGCAUUGCUGGUCACACUGCUUGAAAUGUAAAAAUUCGCACAACAAAAAAUUGCUACAUACGUAUAUAUAUUUUGUUAAAUUUUCCGGUAAAUGAUAUAAAAAUGGAUUGGUAUAAAGUGGAUGUAGAUGAGAGACGCAGCUCGAAAUUUCCAGAGCGCGCUAUUCCCGGCUACUGCCAGCAGAGUGACGACCGCACCGAUUACCUUGGCGGCAUCAUCUAUGGCGGCCAGUGGGGAUGGAUGACAAACAGAUACUCAAAGGAUGCCACUCUGCUGAUCUGUUCGCUGAGCGGGGGCGAGUGCAUUUUGCGGCACGUAUUCUGGAGAGAAGAGGCUAACAGUGGCCAGCGCUGCAGCAUCAGUUGUGUGGAGGAACUCCUUCCUGGCCAAAGAGACGCCAUGAUAUUGCUCGCUGUGUGCCUGGAGACGUGGAGCGAUAAGGAAAUCCGACCCGAGAACUGUGCCAAGGCCAAGACACAGAUUGCCAUCCUCUCGACAUAUUACAAUCAGGUGAUUCGCUACAUCGACCUGGACGGCCUCUACUGCAGCACCCUCAAAUAUCUGGACACCCAGAUCUGCCAACGUACGCGUCUUCGCAACUUUGAUGGCUGCCUGGCGGUGGGCACCGAUGCGGGAGCUGUUCUGCUCUGCGACAUAAAAUUACAAAAUUUGAUUGAAAAUCGCAGUCGGAACAUACGACUGCCGCAGAACGAGAUCGAUUGUGGACAGGUGGUCCGAAGGCACUCCUCCGAGUGCUCCAUAGACAACAUAAACACUUGGCUGCACGAAUGUCGCGACUACAAUGGCCACUUGGCAGUGGAGGUGGAUGUGGGCAAAAGCGAGGUGCGUUGCCUCAUAUUCGUUCAUUUAAUCACCGGCUUUGCCGCUGGCCUCAAGGAUGGCCGCAUUAUGAUCUACGAUCUGGAUAGUUUCCAUAUCACCGCUGUUUUGCGUCCCCCGAGUGACUUGGAGGUGAGCGUGGAGCGAAUAUGCUGCGUUGUGCCGCCAGAUGAUCCCAAGCCCUGCCUCUUCAUUCUCGGCAUGUACGGUGGGGCCACCAAUACGACCACCAUACUCCAUUCCAUCCACUACAGACACUCGUACGCGGAUGAUGAGAGCUACGGAGUCUACUUUAAGAACUAUAAGAGCGCCGAAACCUGCAUUCGUCUGCUGCUCGAUGGCGGCAAUUGCUCCGUGCUCGGCUGCACAACGGCCUCCACAUGCAGCUUUUCCGGCGACAAUGGCACCCUGCUGGCCAUACUCAGCUGGUAUUCGCACACGGAGGGCAGGAACAAGCUUGUGCUCUUUGACAUGAAUCAGUGGUACAAGGACGAGAUGCCCAACUGCCUGCACCUGUACGAGAAGCCCAACUUUCUGUCCGGCUACUCACUGGCUGGGCAGGCGCCAGGCCUGGGCAUUCACCUGAAUGCCAGCAAAAUUCUGCAUUUCAUUUCGUUGCAGCGCUACGAUGAGCACUUCUAUCCGAACUCCUUGACCUUCGAUUUCUCACUGCUAACAGCUGAGGGUUGCCAGUACUAUGUGCACGAGGGGUUGCAGCAUCGCUUUCUGCGCAACUUGCAGAGCGAGAAGGCCUCACUCUUUCUGGUUCCGGAGGCCACACACAAGGAAAUUGUUCAGCUGCGCCUCCUGCCCCAGUUCAGUGAGCUCAAUCCGGAUGCCACAUUCUCCAAGAUGGCCAUCUAUGAGGAGAUCCUCUCGGUGGCCCUCGAACACGGCUGUAUAAGCUUGCUGAAGGAUUGUGCACGAAACUGGAUAGAUGGCAGCUACAUGUGCAACCUGCGCGUUCCCACAGCCCUCUCCCUGUCGACCCUUACCAACUGGAUAGUGAAGCGUGCCGCACAGAUUAAGGCACGCUGCUCGGAGCUGUGCCAGGGCAUCUUUGACUAUGGCGGCUAUCCGCUGGACGAGCGCGAGCGCAAGGAGCUCAAGGUGCUAAACGGCCAGUUGGGCAAUUUGGACAAGCUGCAGUCGUACAUCGUGAGUGUGGGCAAGCGCUGCCUGGCGCACUCGCUCCUCACCGAAAUCGAGGCCAAUGAACAGGUGAUCCGCACAGUCUAUACCUAUCAGCGGGUGCUCCUGUUCUUCAUAAGGUGGGGCCUGCUGCCAGAGGGUCAGCAGCAGCUACAACAGCAGGAGGAGGAGGAGGAUGAUGAGCAGCAGUCGCCGCCUGGCAAGCAGCCGCAUUCGGCUCUGAUUCAGCUGCGACGUCUCUACGCCGACAGACGCCCGUCGGGGCGUGAUAAUCUCUACAUCGGUGGCCUGUUGCGGCAUAUUUCCCAGGAGAGUGGCGGCGCAGCCGUGGACCUGGCCUAUCCGCCAGACACGCUGCAGUCCAUCAUGCAGUUGAUGUUGUCCCGGACCACCGAUAUGGAUCACAAGCAUGAGGUCCUAUUGUACUUGCUCUUCGAUCUGGACGGUGUCCAGAUGGCGAAAGUGAAACUCAGCGACAGAUUUAAGACCGCCUUCGGUCUGCAAACGCAGCUCGUGACGCGUGUGAAGUCCCUGUGGGCCCUGGAUCACGGCGAUCAUUCGGUAAGUUGCGAGGAACUACAAUUUAAUGUGUGUGUUGUGUUCAAUCUCCCAUCUGAUGCCCAUCCCAUUCCCCCACACGCAGAAAUGCAUGAAACUGCUCUCGAGCUCCUUGUGUCCAGAAAUCCCUACCUCAACUGGCAUGUGGAGCUGCUGGUGGAAGCUCUCCUGUCCAAGGGCGCCAUCUCGGAUGCCAUGAGCGUGGUGCAUCGACCACCGGGGCCGUUAUCCUCUCUGACGCGCUUGAAGGUGCUUAUGGCCAGCAAGAACAUACCCGAGGCCUUCGAUUAUGCACGGCGCAAUGACAACGACGAAACGGGCCGGCCCCUGCUGGAGUACUUUUUCCGGCAGUCCAUCGAGAUGCAGCAGUUCAAGGCACUCGCUCAGCUGUGCCUGCGCGAAUCGGAGGAGGAGCUGGUCCUGCGCCUUCUCCGGGAAUGCAAGACACCGGUGACGGAUAGCGUUCAGUUGAUUCUGCUGCUGCAGAAGUCAAAGUACAUUGAGGCGGUCUCCUUCAUGGAUGAGGUGGCCGCCGAGCGGGAGAUCGCCGCGGGAGAUUCCAGCCGUGACAUUAUCUUUGCCUACCGCUCCACGAUGAAUCCCGUGUCCCAAACGCUUGCCGGCGCCUACUUUCGCAUCCGCGAGAAUCUGGAUGUGGAGCCAACCGAGAAGGUGCAUCCGGAGCCCUUAAGCAGCCAACUGAUCCGGGACAAGAAGAAGGGACUGAGGGGCGGCGUCUUCCAAAGCUCUGCCCUCAGCGCCCACUGGGCGACGCUCUACAGCAUGGACUCAACGGCGAAAGGACAGGCGAUACCCUGCCACCAGGUACCCUUCCUGCGCAGCUCGCUGUACGGCCUGAGCCAGCUGCCCCGUCGUCGACGCACGGUGCGUCCCGUGCCCCACCAGGCGGUGGAGAAGCGUGUACGCGAGCAGGAGGAAUCCGAGCUGGUCGGCUGCCGCGGCGGCCGCGCUGGCGACUCCCACACCCUGCAGCCAUCCAAGCGGCGCCGUAUGCUGAGCGAUGAGUUUGUGGCGGGUGUGUGCGACUUCGUUGGGAGAAAGUUGAAUCCCAUAGCUGAACCAGACCAGACCGAAGUGGAUCAGCACCAACAGGCCAACGAGCUGCUCAGGGUGCCGCAGUUCCUGCGGCCAAAGAAGCCGCCGCUACAGCAAAGCAUCAAUUCACCGCCAGUGACCAUACUGAAGCGGCGAUCGGCACUCGAGUCAGUGGCCAGCACUCCACCGGUGGCCACAUCCACCACGUCCAUGGUGGAGGCAAAGCGGUUUCGGUUCAUGCAGCCAACGCCACUGCCAUGCCAUGGCCUUAACGAUAGCAAUGCCAUGGAGGUGGACAGCUCAUUGAAUGCCCAGGAGAAAGAUGAGGAAGAUGAGGAGGAGGAGGAGGAGACUGACGAGAUAAUUGUGGAGAUCGAGCCGGCAGUCUCCAUCUCGGACAGCAGCCAGUCGGAUGAGGAUGAGUUUGUGUCGCCCCUGAGUACACCCAAUGUUUCGGUGGCCAGCCCCAGAUUGAAGGCAUCUCCAGAGCAACGACAACAGGAACUGAGUCCCCCGCCCAUGGCUCCGCCUGCUGGACCUCAACCACGCAGCUCGCUUAACCAGGGCGUAAGGAGUGAGAGUAGCAGCGGAUUCGGUAGCUUUGCCUCCGUCCUCACGUCAGAGACGGCAUCCCACGAGUUUGUGCCCACCGUCUGCUCCUCAAAAAUGGGAACACAGUCGAUAAUUUCCACCGGCACAGCCUCUGUUAAGAUCUCUGAGCGUACCACGAUCUGUGGGGAGAUGGACGAUCCCGAUUCCGAACCAGACUCAACCGCACCGGACUGGUACUCGUCGCCACCAGUUCGAUUGCAGGAGCAAGAGCACAAGGAGCCCCAAAUGCUGGACACCACACUGGGCAUGUCCACAUACGAUGUGACGGCACGGGAGGAGCCGCUUCUAUUGACCACGAAAAAUGACGAUAUUAUGCAAGUGCUGGAGGUGGAGGAGGUGGAGGAGGAGGAGCCAUGGCCAUUGGAGGAGAUCGAUGAGGAGAUACAACUGGAGGAGAUCGAAGAGGAUGAACUGAUGGAGGAUUAUCUGCAGGAGGCCCAGGAGCAAGCCCAGCUGCAGGCGAGGCCCAGCAGCUACAAUCGAACGUACAUGGGCAGCUCCGAUGAUCCGCCCCAGGAGCGCAGCACCUCGCCCUCCCUAAGCCUGAGCAGCGAAAUGUCGAACAUGUCCUCGUCCCGCACCCUGCCGGAGGCCAUGCAGAGUGCCGAUGCCAUGUACUCGAUUGUAAUCGAGUCGACCGGCUCCAUAACCACAUCGCGUUCGGUCACUCACACGCCCACCUCCUUCCUGCCCAGCGACACGAAUGUGUCCCAGAACUCGAGUCCGCGGGCAACGCGCGGCACGGGCGGCAACGGCUCACCGCGUGCCCUGUACCGGGCCAAUAGCCUGGAGACCGUCGAUGAUCUGGAUACCACCAAGGGGUCCCUGGAGGAGGAGGAGGAGGAUGAUGAGGAUGACUGUGUGAUCGCCCUGGAUGGCACUCGGGUGGGCGGCUAUGUGGCCCGUCCCUCCCAAUCGGCGCCCUCCAGCAGUGCCGAGCUGUUCGCCUUCAAGGAUGAGACUCACAAGGAGAACGUCCCUGGCGACGGUCCCUCCCUUUCCGUUGGAGCUACGGCUACGGAUACAUCAAUUGUCAUUUUGGACAGCAGCGAAGAUGAGGUUGAAAUAAAGGCUGAGGUUGAGGCUGAGGCUGGGGACAGGACUGGGGAUGCUUCGAAGUUAAAGUCCAGAGUGGACUCUGGUUCGGGAUCCGAUUCAGGAUCAGAGACGGGAGAUUCCGGUUCCGGUUCGGGUCCGUCAUCCCCAUCGGGAUCUGGUUCUGGAUCUACAUCCGCAUCCGAGUCAGAAUCCAGUUCUAGUUCCAAAUUGUCAUCCAGUGGCGCUGCAGCUCCAGCGGUAAAUAAGUUGCCUUUGCCCCCGCUUCCCGAGAUUGCGGAGGAUGUGGAGGUCGAGUCGCCGGAUGAAAAAUCCCCGCAGAACGUUCCCGAAGAGAGGAAGGAGAAAUCUGAAUCGAAAGACGAGGAGCAGAAGGAACAGCAGCAGCAGCAGCCGCAGGCCGAAGAUGAGCCACAGACGACGGCGCAUGAUGACGACUCCAAACACAGUCUCACGUUGGCCUUCUCCGACGAUGAGGAGGAGCGUGUUGCUGCAGUCGCCCCAGUUGCACCACGCGUCCUUCGCUCGCGUUCCAAAUCUAGGACCAGUCCAGUCCCAGUCCCUGUUCCGCCGUCGCCAACGAAGCCUACUCUAAGGGCGCGCCUGCGCAGCGGUGACGGUUCGUCCAGUGGCGGCAGUGGCACGCCACCUGUGCUGACGCCAAAGCGCCGCAACGGAGCGCACCACAAGAAUGCGCUGGAGGUGAUCGACGAGCAGAAAUCUCUGGGCUCUGGUCCAACGGUGGUGCUCACCCGUACGCGCAAACAACGAAGCGUGGAGCCGGAGGGCACUCCAACAAAAUCAGCGCGCGCCAAGCGAGCCACCUCGACGACUCCGCUGUCGCAGGCAACAACCGCUGAGCCCCGCCAGUUGCGUGGCAUUAGCGAGCCACCCGUGAAGUCCGAAAGCAGAAAGCAGCUCAGGACGAGCGCAGCCGAGGAGAAGUUGCCCGAAGCGUCCGGGCUUGAAUCGGUGCCUCUGGUGCGACGCACCAGCAGACGACUCAACUCUGGGCUGAGCGAUCAGCAGCCGUCGCCUGCGACCACCCCCAUACGGGAAAUAGCUGGGCGCGAGCUUCGUCCUCGUCGCACUCGAACCAGUUCCGAAUCUGUUGCGUCGCCCGCCACACCAACGCCGAGACAAGUGAGCAGCGAAGCCAAUGUGCCCCUCAAGAAACGCGGAAGAUCAAAGCCAGUGGAUGAUGGCGAUGGCAAAUCCAAGAAGUGAAUGGAACACUAGCAUUGCAGCAGACACUAGAAGACUCUUGUGUUAUUGUAUGGCCUUACCUCACACCAACUCCCCCAUCCAUCCCCCCCUA